UGAGCGAGCUGUCUCCGCCCUCGCCCGGGAGGUGGGAGGCUACCCGAGCGGUGCCGCAGUAGCCGCCUCAGCACCUUUGGAGCUGGCCAGUCUUCCAUAGCCGUUGUUGAACCGCGCCUGGAGCCCGGCUGAGGAGGCUGCAGUUGCAGCCAGGAACCCGCAGCCCCGCGUUUCGAGUCCGCCCCAGGCCGCGCCAUGGUGAAGGUGACGUUCAACUCGGCUCUGGCCCAGAAGGAGGCCAAGAAGGACGAACCCAAGAGCAGCGAGGAGGCGCUCAUCAUCCCCCCCGACGCCGUCGGUGUGGACUGCAAGGACCCAGAUGAAGUGGUACCCAUUGGCCAGAGAAGAGCCUGGUGCUGGUGCAUGUGCUUUGGACUGGCGUUUAUGCUUGCAGGUGUCAUCCUAGGAGGAGCAUACCUGUACAAAUAUUUUGCACUUCAACCGGAUGACGUGUACUACUGUGGACUAAAGUACAUCAAAGAUGAUGUCAUCUUAAGUGAGCCUUCUGCAGAUGCCCCGGCUGCUCGCUACCAGACAAUUGAGGAAAAUAUUAAGAUCUUUGAAGAAGAUGAAGUUGAAUUCAUCAGUGUGCCUGUCCCAGAGUUUGCAGAUAGUGAUCCUGCCAACAUUGUUCAUGACUUUAACAAGAAACUCACAGCCUAUUUAGAUCUUAACCUGGAUAAGUGCUAUGUGAUUCCUCUGAACACUUCCAUAGUUAUGCCACCCAGAAAUUUACUGGAGUUACUUAUUAACAUAAAGGCUGGAACCUAUUUGCCUCAGUCAUACCUGAUUCAUGAACACAUGGUUAUCACUGAUCGCAUUGAUAAUGUUGAUCACCUGGGUUUCUUUAUUUAUCGACUGUGCCAUGACAAGGAAACUUAUAAACUGCAACGCAGAGAAACCAUUAAAGGUAUUCAGAAACGUGAAGCCAGAGAUUGUGUUACAAUUCGGCAUUUUGAAAACAAAUUUGCCGUGGAAACUGUAAUUUGUUCUUGAGCAGUCAAGAAAAACAUGGAGAAAAAUUUAAUAUCAUAUCAUUACCCCACCCUUUAUAUUUGUGCAGUGAUUAUUUUUAAAAGUCUUCUUUCAUGUAAGUAGCAAACAGGGCUUCACUAUCUUUUCAUCUCAUUAAUUCAAUUAAAACCAUUUCCUUUUAAAAAUCUUUUCUUCUUUCCAAGUGUGGUGUCUUUUAUCUUUGAAUUAGUAGUUGUAUAAAGUCACAGAUAAUAGUACACUUCACCAUAGAUCUUAGGUGUAGAGAUUUUUAUGUUUGAAUUAUGCAUUUCCAAGAGGCGUGGUUAUCUAAACCAUAUAUAUAUAUAUAUAUAUAUAUACACACACGUAAAAAUGGACCACAGUGACUUAUUUGUAGUUGUUAGUUGCCCUGCUACUUAAUUGUUUAGAGCAUUUGAGCACACAUUUUAAUUUUUCUCUAAUUAAAAUGUGCAGUAUUUUCAGUGUCAUACUUAACUCUUUAGAGUAUGGUUUCCACCUCAAUGUUUUUAACAUAAUAGGCAUCUGCUGUAAUAAUACUUUAGAAAAUGUUUGGAAUUUAAGAAAUAACUUGUGUUACUAAUUUGUAUACCCAUACCUGUGCAAUAGAAUAUAAAUAUCACAAAAUUGUUUGACUAAAGGCCUGUGUGUUGUUUUUCCCAUGUAAUAAAACUAAAGAGUAAUUUGGGUCUUCAUAUCUUAAGAUAUAAUCCACGUAAAGGAAGAAACUAUUUUCUAAAAUCCAGUUCUCUAUAUAUAGCGGGUGAAAUCAUAGAUUUUUUUAAAAUUAAGCUUUUUAAAUAACUGUAUUCCUCAUGGAUACUGUUAAAGUAACAUCUAAGACUCAACCUUGAAAGUUGCUAUUAAAUACAUUUUAAAAUAAUGCUUUUGUAUUUAAUGGAAGGGCUAUUAUUAAACCUAAAAUUUCCAAGUAGCAUAAGCUUUUCUGAGAAUGUCUCCUCACAAAUGGAACAUUCUGAGUUAUGGUGGUGAUUGUUUUAUUUCUAAGGUUGCUUCCUAUGUGGAAUAAUUCAGAAUCCACCGCCAUUUAAAAUACCUAAGAAUAAUUUCAUUGCAAGUUCCCAAGACAAAACAAAAAUCAAUUUUGAAUUUAGAAAGUCAGAAUUUUUGAAGCAUCACAAACCCAUAAAGGAAUCGGUCUAGAAACCAAUUCUGGUCCAAAAAGAUGUUAUUUGAUUCCUGGGUCUUGGUUUCAUUUCAUAAUGAAAAUAUCUUAAGAGCUUUAAGCAAGACAGUCAGAUAUUCAGGGAUUGAGAAUUUAUUUUAGAAGAGUAUGUUCUGAUAAAAUUGCUUUUCCCUACCUUGCAGGCUCUAAAAUUUCGUGGUUUUUCAGGGGGCUGUGCACAUUUAGGAGCACAUAUAUUCAUUUAGCAAAUACUAAGCGUCCUUUAUAUGCCCAGCAUGUGAAGUGUUAAGCAUUGAAGACAGACACAUCUUUGAAGAAGAAAGACAACUGCUGCAUCAGUGGAGACUCAGUCUAGUGAAAGGGACUGAUGGAUAUCCAACUCAUUCCAAUACAGUUGUGAUGAGUACUAUACCAGGGAAGAAGAGGCCCUGGAGUUUGGGGAGCAUUUAGAAAGGACAGUGAGAUUUUUAGAAGGUAAAGUACAUGGGCCCAGGUCAUGGAGGACUUCAUGCCAUGCCGAGGACUUCAUUCAGUGGAUCAUGGGCCACUAUUGAAGGUUUGUAUUUUGGAAGGAACAUGUUAGUUUCUGUUUCCCAGUGAUAAUAGUAAUGCUGUAUUAGUUAGGAGAGAGGAACUGCUGUAACAAUUGCAACAUCUCAGUGGCCUCAGACAGUAGGAGUUUGUCUGCUUUUACCACAUUCCAGUGAGACAGACUCCAGGUUCCCAGGGACCCAGACUUCUCCAUUUUUCUAACUACCUGGCCAGCAUGGACAUCUUUCCCAGAACCCUUGAAUUAUUUAUUAGGCUGUAAAGUUUAUGGAUGCCAGUAAUUGAACUGACUACUUAAAUCAAAAAGGCUUAUACUUUUCUAUACAACAUAAUGAUUUCAUUAGAAUUUUUAAAGGUUUUUGUAUAAUCAUAUAACACACUUGACACAUACUCAAAACAUUUACAAUCAUUAGUUUGACCACAUUGGCCUAAUGUGGUACCCAUGGUUUUACUUCAUUUUCAUCACCGUUAAGAUAAUUUCUCGUUAUUUACAGUUAAUUGAAUAGAGGUGCCCCUCUCACUCUAGCUUUGUCAGAUGUCUCCCAGGAAUUUUGGAACUGCAAUUGAGAUUCUGGGGUAUACCCUUGGAACAACCUAUGUGCCAUGCCUGAAUGCAGUCUUGGUGUCGCCAUGGACUUGGAAAAACCAGAGAGCGAAGGAUAUGAAUGAAGAUGACAGAGAGGCAGGCAGGCAGAGAGGACUAGUUUCCUGGUGGGUUGCGGGGAGGCUGAGCUACCUUUACCUGUCUUUGAUUUCCAUAAGGCACUCCUUGCGUAUGUUUGUGCUGACCUACAAGAGCUCUAAUCCAGCUCAUUUCCAGCAGCAUUCUGUUCCUGUCACACUGGUUGCAAGAAGAGCACAGAAAUUAGAGGAAUAAAAUUGUGGCAAGUUGUUAGGACUCUGAUUGUGACCACUCAUCUGUGAUGGAGUGAGAAUCUGUCUCAAAAGGUGGCAGAAAAUGAAAUAAAAUAAUGGAUGUGAAAGUGCUGUGUACAGCUCUGUGUGUAGCUGGCGAUUAAUGCUGUUUGUGAACCGUAUCACUGCUAUCUGUUAACAAGUAAACACUGCUCUUCUAAUGCAAGUAUUUUCAUUUCCACUUUUCUGUGUACCUUUUAGAGUCUCCACACUCAUAUCAGUGAGUGGGAUGCAAACAACCCAAAAAAACAACCAAAAAAUCCCCACAGUAUUCCAAGUGGUAUUUUCUCAAAUAGCAGAAGUGGGAGUAUAGAAUGUAAAACUCAAAAGCAUCUUAACAAUGUAAAUGAAAGCAAAUGGAUAUUGGAAUGAAAAAGUCCAGGUUCUACAUUUGACUGUGGCUUGAAUCAGUAAGAUUCUGCUAAGUGCACAUUUUAAAUACUAGAAAUCCCCUCUUCUGCCUAAUUUUGUUGCCCAGAAUUAUUGGGUUGUCAGAAAAAUGCAUGACACAUUUUUGCAAUGAAAAAAAUACGUCAUGACAUUUCCGACAACCCAAUAUGUAAAUCCUACUUACUGUUGGACACCAUUCCUUGCAUAUUUAACUCUUUGAGACUUAGUUUUCUGGAUGAGGACUUCAUGUGUAUCUGUUUGUAAAAAGGACAACCCCUCAUGUCCACAACUACAAAGCUAUCGGUCAGUUUGUUGACUAACUCUUACAAAGUCAAUGCCUGCUUUUUUCUCUCUGGGUCUUUCUCAGUGUCUUACAGGAGGAAGAGCAUAGUUUAGUCUCAGCUCAUACUAUUGAUAAUUGUUAGGCUUUUAUCUUUUUGAGAAAAUAUUAAUUGAAGGGUUUUUGAAGCAUUUACUGUAGAUCCCACUCUUAAUUCCCCCAGGCUUCUAUUGCAGAUUAGUCCUGAGAAGCAGAAUGGGUGGGACCGGGAGGGCCCUGGAGACUCAAAAUUCGUUCCUAAGUAGCAUAAACCUAGAUAGUCUUAGCUCUCUCCUGCUUGCAUUUGUAAAUAAUUUGAUGGGAUUCUAUAUUCACUUUUUAAACAUUCACAUUGUUAUUGUAAAAAUCAAAUAAUAUGGAAAUGUUGAUGGUGAAAAGUGAAGGGCUCCCUCUUUCUACCAUCCUCUCCAGUCCCAUUGUCGAAGAGAAACCGUUAACAGUUUCAUGUGUUGCGUGAUAUAACUUUUUAGAUCACCUGGUUCUUAUUCAAGUGAGAAAGAUGAAACACCAUUCUCUGGUCAGAUGAUGUGGUCUUACCUAUCACGAACUGGGAGUAUGAAGACCAAGCCAGAAAUCCCAUAUUCUCCACUGUCACCAAGUCCUCCACCUCCCAACAUCAAUCAUGGCUAUCAAUCAUGGCUUAACCCAUUUCACCGCAUCAACUUCUCCAUCCCUACAGUCCAGUCUUCACACUUGCAGCCACAGCAGUGUUUUCAAAACAUGAAUUUGAUGUUUUCUUUUUAUCACACUGCCUGCUUAAAAUACUGUCAGGGCUUCCCCCUGGCUCUUAGGAUAGAGACUAAAAUACUUAGAGACUAAAAUACUUAAUGAUGUCUGGUACAGCCCCAACCCACCGCUCCGGCCUCAUCCUAAUCACAUUGCCCUUCGCUCUCUUCAUCCUGCCACACUGGCUACCUUACAGUUUCAUGAUAAACGCUCUUCUUCCUCCCCUGAAAAUGAUUCUGUCCAUUCCCCCUCGUGCCCUUUCAGAUGUCUUCUAGUCAACCUUCAGAAUUUAGUUCAGAUGUCCCUUCCUCAAGGGAAAACUUGCCUGAAGGAUUAGGAAAGUUGCCUAUUUCACAAUUUUAAAGCAUAUUAUUUCUCCUUCGUGGUAUUGAAUACGAUUAAAAUUUUAUAUUUUGUCAGUUUUGCUUGUUUAAUAUAUUUCCCUCACUAGAUUCCGCAAUGUUCUUAGUAGGGUAUCUGGCACGUAAUUGGAGCUCCUAAUUAUUUAUUGGAUAAUAUAACAUUUCCCAACCAGUUGUCUAGAUGUCUUCCAAAAUCUAUGCUGGCUUUCUCCUCAAAUCUGUUCACUCUGGAUCUGAGUAAAUUGCCUUAAACAGAAAUCUUACCAUAUCUUUCUUUUAUAAAAUUCUAUGAUGGUGUUUAGCUGCGCUUAGGAAAAAAAUCCAAACUCCUUCCGAGCCCUAAAAUCCUUCCCUCAUUGACUUCUGUCACUUUUCUGUCUUUAUCCUAUCCUCUUCCUUCUGUUCUGGCCUUCAGAUAAAAUGGUGGCCCCCCUGAAACAAUUUCUGCCUGCCCUCCCUCCAUCCACACAAAACAUGUAAACUCCUACUCAUCCUUCAAAUCUCAGAUUAAAAGUUUACUCAGCCACAACAGCUCUCUCUAUUAUCUCUCUCUGAAACCUUCCACUAGACUAUUAGUAAAGCUUACCUGUGUCCUCUCUACUUGGCACAUAAUAGGUCUUAACAUUAAAUGAAGGAAUAAACUAUUUGGUCAACUGUAGCUAGAAAAAAACAGUUCAAUAUCAACUUCUCAACUUCAUUAAAACCAAGUAUUUCUUGGUAGGCAAUCUUCAGCAUUCGAGUGAGCAAUUAAUUGUUGAAUGAACAACAUUUUGUGGAUCAACUCAUUCAUCUGGUGAGGUUUUUACUUGACAUCCAUUUCUUCCUGACAGCCUCAUUGUGCAGACAUAGGCUUAUUCUAAAUAAAAUGUUCUAAGGGGGCCGUAUUAAGAUUUUUAUAUGACAGAAGUGGGUGACCGAUAAUAUAUAUCUCCAAAUGUUUCAAACCAAAAUUGCGUCUUGCUCACUCUGCUGAGUGAAAUUUGGGGCCAGAUGCUCUUCCAUGUUCAAAAGGAUAGCGACAUUCUUUUAAGGCCGAGAGAUUGUCAAAGGGGUGGUAGUAAGUUUUAAAGUGUAGGGGGAAUAUAUUUGGUUGUCACCAAGAACUGGGGAUGCUAUUUGUAUUUAGUGGUUGGGGCCAAUGAUGUUAAGUGUCUUAAAAAUAGGGAGUCCUGCAUAAAAAAUAAAAAAAAAGUCUUGCCCUGCCUAAUUUUAUCAGUUAUACCCCUGCUGGGAAGCAUGGAAGGAGACUCAACUGAGUUUCCAGAAUGCCAGGGAUCAAGGUAUCCAUUAAGCCCCCAACGAAGAGAAGCCAGGCAUGGUUUUCCAUUUGGAACGUUUCUUAUAACAAAACCUAAUUAGCCAAAUGCAAGUUUAGUAGCUAAACCCCACAUACCUAGCUUUAAUCAGCUCCAGAGAAUAUUGCACUUUAGUUAACCCCUAAUUAUCUGAUAUCCAACUUCUGUCACAAACCUGGCUGAGGCGUCCAAGGAAGGUGAGCCUGCGAAAUUUGAGAUUUCUCCACUCCUUUGUAGUCAGUUGACACUAUCUAGAAAGCUAUUCUACCUUGAAUGCCUGCCUUCAGCUCUCCAUAGAAAUGCUUUCAUAGAACCAUGACUUAAUAUUAUUCUCUUUUGUUGAGGAGUGAUAGAAAUAAAAAUAAGCCUUCAGCUUUUAUAAAAGUAGAAGUUUCUAUCUUUUUGUAAAAGAUAGAAAUAACAUUUCUUCAACUUUUAUGAAAGUUAUAGUGAAAAUGUUACAUAAUACCUAGUGUUAUCUAAAUAUUCUUAAGUUUAAUGUUAUAAAAAAAUUGUCUUCUGAUAUAUGCUGAUAUUAGAUAAUAGCUAAAUAAUUUGUUUCCCUUUUGCCUUGGUUGCUGGGAAACUUGGAGCUAAGCUUUGUGCUCAGUUAGAUGAAUUACUUUUAGCUGAGAUUUUUUUUGUAUAUAAGCCUUUUAGUAGUUGGCUUACGUUUUGUUGUGUGUUUUAGAUAGAAUUUACCUGCAAUAAAGUGCACAUAGGGUUCAAUGAAUUUUGAUAAUUUUAUACAUCCAUGUUAACAAUCAUUGAAUAUUUUCAUCAUCCCAGAAAGUUCCCUUGUGCCCCUUUCCAAUCAACACCUCCUCCCUCUGUUGCAACAACUUUCUGGUUUCUAUGACCAUAGGUUAGUUUUUGGCUGUUCUUGAACUUUUAUUUGAAUGGAAUCAUGCAGUAUUAAUCUUUUGGUCUGGCUUUUUUCUCAACAUUUCUGACAUUCUUCCAUAUUGUUGCAUGAAUCAAUCGUUCUUUACCACUGUUGAGUAGUACUUCACUUUUUUAAUAUACUACAAUUUGUUCAUUUCUCAUGCAUAUGGAUAUUUUUGUUGUUUCUGAUAUGUGGCUAUUAUGAAUAAAGUUGCUAUGAACA